AUGCAGCGCUGGGUGGUGGUUAGCUCCUCGUCGUCGGCGUCGUCCAUCAAAAGGUCCUCAUCCUCUUCGCUCUCCUCGACGCUUUCGUCGUCAGGCCCGCCAGGCUCGCCUAAAAGAUACGCAUCGGUGAGCUUUGAAGCCAAGUCGACCUCAAAUCGGUCCUCCGGGAAAACCUCGGAGAGCUUGGAAACCUCCCCGUCGGAUCCGGCCUCGGCGUUGGAGUCGAGAUCGCUUCCGGACUCGUCGUCCACCUCGUCCUCCUCGUAUUCGUCGCGCUCCUCGGCCUCCUCAUUGUCGGAAUCACCGUCUGCCGCGGCCUCCCGCUCCAACCGUCGCUGCCGCUCCGCCUCCUCCUCGGCCUCUCGCUUUUCCCGGCAUCGACGCGCAUGGGCGCGAUUCCGUCGCCGCUCCAAUCUUUUUAGGAGCAGCCCGCGCAACUCCUCGCGGAGCUCCACGACGUACCGCUGA